AUCGCAAUGUCGAAAUCUUUCCCGCGCAUACACGCCUUUGAGAUUGACGAUCAGCCCUGGUUCCCUUCUUUCCUCCGGCAACGUGUCCAAACCGUUCUUCGGCUCACGUGGGAGGCAAGUAUCCCAAUUUUGCAAUCAAGCUCGCCUGCAGAGCGCGUGGCCCGCCUCUUGAGAGAGCAGCUUGACUCAAUUGAUGAUUAUGGCUUCAUCGACUUCUGCGCGGGAGCUGGCGGCCCGACGCCCGCCAUCGAGAAGUAUGUAAAUGCCAACAGGGAUCCCAGCAAGGCCGGCAUCCCUUUCAUCAUGACGGACCUUUACCCGCACGUCAAGAGCUGGGAGCGAGAUGCUGCGCGCUCACCCAAUAUCAGCUACGUCUCCAAGCCCGUUGACGCCACGGCCGCGCCUGACUUCCUGCUGGACCGGUUUCGCGGUAGCAAGGAAAGCUCGUCAAGCUCGGGCGGCGACGGGAUUGUGAGUUACGCCGAGAUGGCUGCCAUGAAGAAGUCGGACCAUGCAAUCAAACCUCGCAAGAUUUUCCGCCUCUUCAACCUCGCGUUCCACCACUUUGACGACCCGCUGGCCAAGUCGAUCCUUGCCGAUACAGUCAGGACGUCGGACGCCUUUGGCAUUUUUGAACUCCAGCAGCGCACCUUGUCGAGCUUCAUGAUGCUCAACAUCCUGUAUUUGUCCAUCUUCGUCGUUGCGCCGUUUUACGCGCUAAUGAAUCUCGACCUGGUGGCCUUUGUUUUCACCUGGUUCUUGCCCAUCAUCCCGGUCGUCGUCACCUUCGACGGCUACAUCUCGAGUCUUCGCACUCGCACCCCUGACGAGGUCGAGGCACUGUUAAGGUCCUGCGGAGCCGGGAAUGCCGAGGACUGGGAGAUCAGGGGCGGCACCGAGCGGCACUUUUGGCCAUUUGGGUACCUGGAGUGGAUCAUCUGCACCAAGAAGUCCUCAGCCAGUUAG